GUGUCUCCCGGCGCCCGAGCGAGACCCGCAGGCGAGGCAGCGCCGCGCGAGCGACCCAGGCGGCCCGACAUGCUCAACUUCGGCGCUUCCCUUCAGCAGGCUACGGAGGAGAGAAUGGAGGUGAUUUCCGACAGGGCCAGAGAGAGCGGGUACUGCUGGAACAAGGCCCCGGAGAAGAGCGACUUCGAGGCGGUGGAGGCGCUCAUGUCCAUGAGCUGCAGCUGGAAGUCGGACUUCAAGAAAUACCUGGAGCACCGGCCGGUGACUCCGGCGUCUGAUCUGUCGGAGGAGGAGAACCUGCUCCCCACCACUCCGGACUUCCACACCAUCCCGGCAUUUUGUUUGACCCCACCUUACAGCCCCUCAGACUUCGAGCCCUCGCAGGUGUCCACUCUGGUGGCACCGGCGCCACCUGCUGGACACUUCAGACCCCUCUCGGAUAGCGCCAAGCCGCACGCGGCCCCUGCCGCGGUGCCUGUCAAGGAGGAAGACCAGAACCCUGCCUCCCUCCCCAAGCCCCCCAAGGCUCAGGCCACCAGCGUGAUCCGCCACACGGCGGACGCCCAGCUCUGCAACCACCGAUCCUGUCCGGUAAAAGCAGCCGGCACCCUCCACUGCCAGGACAGCUCCUUGCGGAGGAGACCCCACCUGCCAGCCGAAGCCUCGAGGAGGAACGUACCAUGCGCGACUGUGUCGCCUAACAGGUCUGCGUGUGAGCCGAGCACCCCGACAGAAGCAGAGGCCAGUGAGAAAGCCCCGGCUCCACUCUGUGACUUUUCUGUGCCUUCCUCACAGACGGUCAUCUGCAGGCCCCAACCAGCCCCCGUGUCCCAACCACAGAAGUCGGUGUUGGUCUCUCCACCCACAGUCUCCCCAGGGGGUGUGCCACCCAUGCCAGUCAUCUGCCAGAUGGUUCCCCUUCCCGCCAGCAACCCUGUGGUGACAACAGUCAUGCCCAGCACUCCAGCCAGCCAGCCACCAGCUGUGUGCCCACCUGUCGUGUUCAUGGGGGCUCAGGUGCCCAAAGGGGCUGUCAUGUUUGUCGUGCCCCAACCAGUGGUGCAGAGCCCCAAGCCAGCCGUGGUGAGCCCUCAUGGUACCAGACUGUCUCCCAUUGCCCCAGCUCCAGGCUUUUCCCCUUCGGCAGCCAAAGUCACGCCUCAGAUCGACUCAUCCCGCAUCAGAAGUCACAUCUGUAGUCACCCGGGAUGCGGCAAGACCUACUUUAAGAGUUCGCAUCUGAAGGCCCACAUGAGGACGCACACAGGGGAGAAGCCAUUCAGCUGCAGCUGGAAGGGCUGCGAGAGGAGGUUCGCCCGCUCCGACGAGCUCUCCAGGCACCGGCGCACCCACACUGGUGAGAAGAAAUUCGCCUGCCCCAUGUGUGAGCGGCGGUUCAUGAGGAGCGACCACUUGACCAAGCACGCCCGCCGCCACCUGUCGGCCAAAAAGCUCCCCAACUGGCAGAUGGAAGUGAGCAAGCUCAACGACAUUGCUCUCCCACCAGCACCAGCCCCCGCGCAGUGAAGGCCGUAGCCGUAGGGAUUGGGACUGACUUUAGUCACGGCCAGGAGCCCAUGGUGGCAUGGAAAUGGUGCAUGCUACCGGGUCGGGACCCUCCUGCGAGGGCUGCCAAGUGGUGCAGCCCCGUUGCCGCCAUCUGGGCGAGGGCCCGGCCUGGGCCACAGGAGGUCACAGAAGGGCAGGUUUCAUUUCUUUUCAGGCGAGAGAGAGAGACAGGAGAAGCUUUUAUUCCUCUGAACAUUUCUCGAAGGUUCCAGAGGAUGUCAACACAGGUAGCACAGAUCCAGAGUUUGUGUGCACAUUGGUUACUUUCCUUUUGCUGUAGCUACUUGAGACCAACUUUUCAAUGUGAUUUCUUCUCAAGCACUGGUUUCAAGAACUUACGGUACAGAUGUGGAGAGAUGAGGUCGGUUUGCAUUAUUCCAGAGAGUGUCGUUUUUUUCCUAGAGACCUUGUUUACUACUUCUAGUCUUUGCAGCCAACUUCAUGGAUGUAAUUAUUGAAAUACAUCUGCAGCUAUUGUUUUUACACUAUAGUUGAUACUUGUAUUUGGUUGACUGUAUAUCACUCACGAGGGCCCGGAGAAGCGGAAUCCUCACUAAUUUAAUUGCUUUUGAAGUGUGUAGCUCCCCUUCCCCCUCCCCUCGUUUUUGUUUUGAAAGUUUCAGAGAUGAUUAUAUCUAGGCGUUUUAUUAUGCUUUGAUCUUUAGUUUGCCUGCAGUUCUUGUGUAGAUCUUGAAAAUUGUACACCAAUGUGUUUUCUCUAGACUCUAAGAUAAACUGCACUUUGUUUAGGGGGAAAAAAUUGAAGAUGAAAGUGUAUAUCAUAAAGAAGGGGUAUCAAGGGCUGUAGAUAACUCCUCAAAACAGUCGGUCUGUGUCCUCAGUAAGGACCUCGUGCCACAAGGAUAAACGGGCGUGUGUGGCUCGUGAGAGUGCAAGGGGACACCACUCGCAGACGGGCACAUGGCGUCCUGCUGGCUCAGUGGCAUUCUCAGAGGAUGUGGAACUAGAUAGGGGAAAAAAAAUGACUUAGAACAUUCACUUUUGUUAACAGUAUUUCUGUUCUGUUGUAUAGUGGAUGACGCACACAGUGCUAAUACAAACGUUUAAAAUGCGUAGUGAAAAAUAUGACCAUCUUCCCACACACCGGGUGUAGAUUCCUAACAGGAAAACUUGCACUCUUUGGGAAACAGUCUCUUAAAAGCAAAACAAAAAAAUCCUUGUGACUUAAAAAUUUGCACUUCUUUUGUUGUACUUUGUAUCUUGUUUACAAUAAAUUUUUUCUUUGGUA